AGUAGUGCUCCGAUCAUGGACCAUGACGCCCCCACGAUCAGGCCCCGCCGCAUCCAGAACCAGAAUGUCAUCCACCGCCUGGAGCGCCGACGAAUCAGCUCCGGCAAAGCCGGCACCCACUGGCACCAGGUCCGCGUCUUCCACCAGAACGUCUUCCCCAACUUCACCGUGGUCAAUGUGGAGAAACCUCCCUGCUUCUUGCGAAAGUUCUCCCCUGAUGGGCGCUACUUCAUUGCCUUCUCCUCUGAUCAAACCUCCCUGGAGAUUUAUGAAUAUCAGGGCUGCCAGGCGGCAGAAGACCUUCUGCAAGGCUAUGAGGGAGAGAUCCUGGCGAAUGGCAACGACCAAAGAUCUGUCAACAUUCGGGGGCGGCUCUUUGAACGCUUCUUUGUCCUGCUCCAUAUCACCAACGUGGCCUCCAACGGCGAGCACUUGAACCGUGAGUGCAGCUUGUUUACAGACGACUGCCGGUACGUGAUUGUCGGCUCUGCUGCUUACCUGCCCGAGGAGCCUCAUCCUCCCUUCUUUGAGGUUUACCGCAACAGCGAGUCUGUGACCCCUAAUCCCCGGUCCCCUUUAGAAGACUACUCUUUGCAUAUCAUAGACCUCCACACAGGCCGACUCUGUGACACAAGGACAUUCAAAUGUGACAAAGUCAUCCUGUCUCACAACCAGGGCCUGUACCUCUAUAAAAACAUUUUGGCUAUUCUCUCUGUGCAGCAACAGACUAUUCAUGUCUUUCAAGUCACACCUGAGGGUACUUUCAUUGAUGUACGGACUAUCGGUCGCUUCUGCUAUGAGGAUGAUCUUCUGACUCUGUCUGCGGUGUAUCCUGAGGUGCAGCGGGACACACAGACGGGGAUGGCCAACCCCUACAAAGAGCCCUUCAUAAACUCUUUGAAGCACAGGCUGCUUGUGUACCUGUGGAGAAGGGCAGAGCAGGAUGGAAGUGCCAUCGCAAAAAGAAGGUUCUUCCAGUACUUUGAUCAGCUGAGGCAGCUCCGCAUGUGGAAGAUGCAGCUUUUGGAUGAGAACCACCUGUUUAUCAAAUAUACUAGUGAAGAUGUGGUCACGCUGCGGGUGACAGAUCCUUCACAGCCUUCAUUCUUCGUUGUGUACAACAUGGUGACCACGGAGGUUAUUGCUGUGUUUGAGAAUACGUCUGAUGAGCUGCUGGAGCUCUUUGAGAACUUUUGUGACCUCUUCAGGAACGCCACCCUGCACAGUGAGGCAGUCCAGUUCCCCUGCUCAGCUUCCAGCAACAACUUUGCCAGGCAGAUCCAGCGCCGGUUCAAAGACACUAUUGUGAAUGCCAAGUAUGGAGGGCACACGGAGGCUGUGCGGAGGCUGCUGGGCCAGCUUCCGAUCAGCGCGCAGUCGUACAGUGGCAGCCCGUACCUUGACCUCUCCCUUUUCAGCUAUGAUGACAAGUGGGUGUCAGUCAUGGAGCGGCCCAAGACCUGCGGUGAUCAUCCUAUAAGAUUUUAUGCUCGUGAUUCUGGCCUCCUGAAGUUUGAAAUCCAGGCGGGACUCCUGGGGCGACCCAUCAAUCACACAGUGCGACGCCUGGUUGCGUUCACCUUCCACCCCUUCGAGCCUUUUGCCAUCUCGGUGCAGCGCACUAAUGCAGAGUACGUGGUUAACUUCCACAUGAGGCACAGCUGCACAUAGUGCAGAAGGUACCCGGUGCAGCUGUUCUCCUCAGGUCUGGGCCUCUGCCACAGACACACCAAAGCCAGACACUCACACCUUCUAGGAAACUAAACCAUCGCUCAUGUCAAGAAACCUGACCUGGGAGCUCCUACCAACCAGCAUCUCGCCGGCCAGUUGGCUGUGGAAGGCUAAUCCACUGAAGUUAGGCCUGUGAAUGUUUCUCCUGAUUCCAUCCGUUUAUACUGCUAAGGUUUCUAUUGCAUUAAGCACUGUUGUUGUUCCCUGUUCUUAUUGAUGAACAAAGCGUAGCUGAGAUUCCUGUCUUGGUUUCCCAGAGGCUCAUCUGUUUUCCUCUCCUGUUGUCUGUCUUAGGAUGGCAAAGAUGGAGCUUUGCAAUGCGUGAAGUGCUCCCUUCUGCACUGAUGCUCUUCUACCUUGUUGAGGCAAACAGCCUGUCUUAGAGAGAACGGAUAUAAGCCAUGGUGGGGGCUUAGAAACAUAGCUACCCAUAUUUGUACUUUCAGUAUUACUAGGGAAGUGAAAUCCUAUUCUCAUUCACACGAUCUCUACGUGAUUUUAGUAUGCAAGAGGUUAGGAAAGAAAGGUCUGAGAAAUCACUGGAAUUAGGGGAGGUGAGGCGUUUUCCUGACUCUUAUGCAAGUCAGUUAAUCUUUUGUGCCUUAGUUUCUGUAAAGCCCCCCCCAGUGAAAGGUGAUAUGUUAAUACCAGACAGCCAGGGCAGCUGACUGUGUCUGCAGUGGAUGAGGAGGUGGGCACAGCAGAAAGACAGGUGGCUGAGAGGGGUGUGGGAAGCAAGAGCAGGUCCUUCUCCAUGUCAGAGGACUUGCUUCUGCAGAGAAGGAGCAUAUCCUUGUGGGCAUCUGCUGAUUCUGCUGCUGAGGGGAAGGGAGACCGAGCUGCUGGCAGCAUCCUGCAUGUUGGCUCUCUGAACACAGAGAAUUAGUAGCAUUUGGGUUUCCCCAGAAAAGAGAAGGGAGACCUGAAUUAAUUUGCAUUGCUGCAGAUUUGCAGUUGAGUUUGUUGACUUAGGUUGCUUAUGUAUCCCUGUUUGAUGUGCUGUUCUCUGUGAGAACCUGAUUUGCUGUGCCCAGGCUUCAAAGCACAGCUGGCUGAUGCAUCAUAUUUGGCUUGAUGCAGACUGAACUGCUGCAGCAUCUGUGCUGUCUAUAAAAUAAGCUCCUGGAUGUAAUCUUACAUACCACUGUGGGCUGGUGGGGAUGCCGUCCUGCCUUCCUCUGUUAAAAAUGUAAUUUUUGGAUGUUGAUUAACACUUGAGUUUUGCUGCAUACAGGUAGGUUUUAGGACUGUGAGCUGUCAGUCAAGGCAGCCCUCCUAGGAAAUGCAAAGUGCUCAGCUGGGAGCCUGCUGUUAUCCACUUCCACGUGAGGUACAGAGUAGACACUAGGAAAUUGGUGCUGAUACAUGUGGAGAACCUUACUUGAAAGCACCCUGUUGCUGUCUUGUUUGGACCAAAAUGGGCCUAGCUGUGGGUAACAUAUUGUGGCCACAUGCUUGAGAAGAAUCAUCCUGAGGUCAUGCAUUCAUUUUGCAUAGUAAUGGCCUGGAAAAUAAGUGUGGUGUUGCUUGUGCCUGGAUAUGGCAUAAAUGUCUGACCUCGGAACUGGGGGGGGGAGGGGGUACUGGGCUUCUUGUGUCAGCCUUUAGUCUCUGUCUCAUUGCAUGUCUUAACUCUCCUGGCCUUGCUAAACUACUCUCUAGGACAAGACACCAUCUUUUGCUGCUCUUUCUCUGGUGUUUGCACUGUUGGUUUCUCAGGACUGUCAGGAACGACUUCUGGUCAGAAGACUGCUAAUAGAGGGGGUGUCAGGCCACGCAUGCUUUUAGCGAUGGGUUUUUCUCCAUCUAAUAACACUAUGUGUCAAGGUUUUAGGUUUUUCUUUUUGUUCUUCAAACACAUUUAAUUAAGCUCCAGGUGGGGAAUCAUUUGCACAUUGUAGAUCAUGGAAUUACCUCCUUCCUGCACCACUCUCACAUAUGCUCACACUUCUAGUAUGAGAUUUUUUUUCUUCUUUUUCAGAGCUCGCAGCAGCUCCAUCCAAGAUUGGUUUUACUACUUGGUGUCACAGUCUGGGACAUCAGUGCUUACUAAAAUAGCUGUUAGGUUUUCAUUUAAUUUUUUUUAGGUGGAAAACAUAUAAAUCAGUUCAGUGUUUCUGCAGUAGGGGCUUUUGCCAGAUUCAGGCUGUCCUGUGUGAAGCAGAGAGCAUGGCACAGAUGAUCGGACUUGGGGCUGAGAGACAAGAUAUCUGUUCUUAGCUCUGCUGUUUAAAUUGUUCUGUGACUGGGGGCAAAUCACUUCCUUUUCCAGCUGGUGUUUUCUUCUCUGUAAAUGAGGCCAAAAACAUAUUUUCAGCUUUUGUAAAACACUUUGAGAUUCAUGGAUAAAAAGUGCUAGAUAAGUGCUAAGUAUUUUCUUAUUAUGUUUGCAGACAAACUGAUUGAUCAUUCUUAGUACUAAUUGCCUUGGAGUAGCAUUGCAGAUCCUCUGGCCAUGGCGGCUGCAUUUUGUAUCUACAACAGAAUUAAUUUUAUUACAGAAAUGUUUUGAAAGAAAAGUCUCUCAUGCUUGAAAUUUUGAUUCUUUUAUUUAAGAAACAAAAAGUGUGUGUGGUGGGGAGGGUGAGUGGAAAGGGACAGAUAUUUUCUACGUGAUAUUUUUACUAGGCUAGAAUGAAGAUUUGUUAGUAAUACAAAACAAAAAUGGAAUAAACAGAAUUUGCUUUAA